AUGGCACCCAAAGCUACCACCCAGUCCGCACACUCCAGUGAUUAUGCGACCAUCGACAAGGAUGCCGUCACGCUCCACUUCUUGCGCAAAUUCGCCGAGCUGCAGAGCCGCUUCGACGCGCAUACCGACGUGUUCGCCUCCAAGGGCAAACAUUUCCUAGAAGAGACCAUAGGCCGCUUUGUCGACCACAAGGAGCCCAUUACGAUCGUAUUGCCUGGGUUUCCGACCAAGACACCGAACCACGGAGGAAAGGUGCUGGGUCCGCUACCCGAUCGUGCCGAGGAGCUCGCGCUCGCACGUCUGGAGAAGUUUUGUGCCUCCAUCGAGGAAGUCUACCCUGUCGGCUGCAAGGUUACGAUCUUCAGUGAUGGUCGCGUGUUCGGCGACCUGGUAGGUGUACCUCCUGAGAACAUCCGUGCGUACAAGAAUGGUCUGAAAGAGCUCGUGAAGGACGCGGGCCACACGCACAUCCAGUUCGACGGGCUUGAGAACUACACCAAAACCGACGAUCCGGUGCAGGAGGUACUGGAGCGCUUUCGCGUCGACAAGAUGAACAUGGACACCCGUAUCGCGAGCGAACCCGAUAUCGGCAACAACUUCCGUUCGUUCUCACAGUUCAUGGAGAGAGACAUGGCUCACCGCUGGGAGGGCAAGUCGGACGCCGAGAUGCGCAAGGGUUGCGAUGAAGUCGCGCGCAAGAUGAUGCUGCGCAACGUGGGAUUCUCGUCGCUCGUGGCGGAGGAGUACGCUAAUGCCAUCCGCGUCUCGAUCCACUGCUACAACAACGCUGGUCCGAAGUUCGGCAUCCACCUACUACCAGCCAAGCAAAUGGACUCUCCGCGUACACCGUGGCAUUCGGUUAUAUGUGAGGACAUUGACGGCACCGUACACGCCAUGGAUCUAAAGGAUGUCGACACGGACAAGUACGACCUGGUCUACAAGCACGGCCGCAAAUGGGGAUACGUUGAGCGACCGCCGUGCACUCCCGAAGAAGUGGCUCAGUGGGCGCCACUGCACGUCGAGCUCAUUCGUAAGCAAAUGUUCAUCGUCGCCCAAGCCAUGGAAGGUUUCCCGGCACCGUCCAUCAUGGACGUCCCGCGCGAGGCCAUCCGAAGCCUCGUGCUCAAGUACGGCGUGGUGACACUGCGCGGCUUCAAGCAGGACGAUGACUUCGAGGCGGCGACGGAGCGCUGGGGUGACGUGCUGCAGUGGCCCAAGGGGACCUUCGCGGCUGGUAACAUCUUCGACAUCAAGACGGAGGCCGACGACCCGAAGAACGGUAACACUAUCAUCACGGAUACCCGUCGACUGCUGUCGGCGCUUCCAGAGUCCACUGUGGAGCGUCUCAAGAACAUCUCACUCACGACCGUGUGCACACGUCUCCUGUGGUAG